AUGGAGGCGAUAGGGAUGGAAACAAAACGCGUCCAACAGAUCAAAUUUACUUUAAUGUCGACGGAAGACAUCAAGAAAAUGGCAGUGUUGGAGGUAGUGAAAGCGGAAGAAGUUGAUGAUGGGAAACCAGUUGAGGGAGGAUUGAGUGAUCCUCGAAUGGGGCCAUUUGAUAAAGGCGAUGAAUGUAAGACGUGUCGAUGCACCCGUAGUGAUUGUCCUGGGCAUUUUGGAUACAUUCAAUUAUAUGCGCCCGUGUAUAAUCCCGUCUAUGUGAAGUACAUUCUUAAAGUCCUGAAGUGUGUUUGUCCAAGUUGUCAUCGACUGUACUGCCAUGACGACGAACGACUCAAUUCACUCAAAUCCAAAGGAGAAGAACGGUUGAAGGAUGUCUAUGAUAUUAUUGAUAAAGACUAUAUCCAAUGCGGGAAGAGGAAAGAUAAGAAAGGGGCGGAGAAGCAACAACAACACGAGGAAGAGGAUCGCAUCUGUCAUUCGGCGAAAGUCGAUUACGAGCUCCCGAAGUCGAAGUUAGAAAACAAAUUGGAGAUCCGGUACAAAGGCUCGAAAGCAGAAGAGAGCAAAUUCAUGCCAAGAGAUGCUUUGAAUAUAUUGAAGGAGAUGACUGACGAGGAUGUGAAGAUAUUAGGGUUCGACCCAAAAUAUUCCCAUCCGAAGUUCAUGGUGUUUGAAGUCUUUCCCGUUGCGCCACCGGCGGUACGACCCCAAGCUGUCUCUGAUAAAGGGAGUCGGAAUAACAAAGAUGACUUAACUGUGAUGUACGAGAACAUUAUACGAGCGAAUGAAGAGCUUAAAAACGAGCAGUCGAAGGUCAGUGGUAUUAAUAGAUAUGACGAAAUCUUCAAGGAAGUCCAGACGAUCUGUGCGAAGGUGUGUUUGAAGAACGUCAAGGAUUUGCCUGAUAAUCCGUCGAAGAAGAAGUACAAAAGCAUUGAAGACCGACUGUCUGGGAAACAAGGAAGAAUGCGACUGAACUUGAUGGGGAAGCGUGUUGACUUUUCUGCGAGAACAGUCAUUUCCCCGGACCCUAACUUGUCUAUGGAUGAGGUUGGAGUGCCCACGGGGAUUGCAAAGAUAUUAACAUUUCCAGAAGUGGUCACGCGAUAUAACAUGGACAAAUUACAAUCACUAGUGAAUGCUGGAAUGAACAGCUACCCUGGUGCUUUCAUGUUACAACGGAAGAAUGGAGAGACAUUUCGGUUGAAUGGGGGGGAUAAGAUAUUGAACAUUGGAGAUGUGGUCCACCGCUUUUUGAUGGAUGGGGAUUACGUCAUUUUCAAUCGACAGCCGUCACUGCAUCGUAUGUCUAUGAUGGGGCACCGAGCAAGGGUACUGCCGUUCUCGACGUUCAGAAUGAACUUGUGCGACACGACGCCGUAUAAUGCGGAUUUUGAUGGUGAUGAAAUGAAUUUGCACAUUCCACAGACGCUUGAAGCGCGUGCGGAGAUAUCUGUGUUGAUGAUGACUCCGACCCAGAUUAUUACACCUGAGAAGAACUGCCCGAUUAUGGGUAUUGUCCAAGAUACACAAUGUGGGAGUUAUAUUAUUACGAAGAGACAGACGUUCAUCGAGAAGUUGAUUUUUUACAACAUCUUGCAAUGGUUGGACAAGCUGAAUGUGACUGUUCCGAUACCAGCGAUCCUCAAACCAAAACCGUUAUGGACGGGGAAACAAGUCUUCACGUUGAUUCUGCCACCGAUCAAUUAUGAAAAUGGCGAUUACUCGAUAGGAACACUUUUAAAGAAGGGGCCGUGCUAUGACGACUCGAAGGUGUACAUACACAAAGGCAUUUUAGUCACGGGGUACCUCUGCAAUUCGUCAGGGUUUGGGAAGAAUCAAAGUGGGAUUGUCCACUCGAUCUACAAAGAUGUUGGGAUGGAAGCGACGAAGAUCUUUUUCAAUCAGACGCAAGCAACGGUGAACAGUUGGAUGUUGACGAGAGGGUUUACUGUUGGUCUCGGGGACAUUGUAGUGAAACAAGACGUCCAUGAUCGGAUUCGAGAAGCGGUGAAGAAGUCGAUUCAGAACUCUGAGAAGUACUUAGACCACAAACAUGAUGAUGAGAUUGAACCUGUUGCUGGACAAACGAUGUUCCAGAAUUUGGAGACGAAGUUGAGUCUGUUGUUGUCGAAUGUGAAGACGGAGUGUGAUAAGAUCACGAAAGACGCGUUGAAGAAGGACAACAAUUUACUGCAAAUGGUCGACUCGGGGUCGAAAGGAAGUAAUUCGAACAUCUCGCAGAUGGUCGCCUUUGUCGGGAAACAAGAAAUUAACAAUCAGCGUAUCCCCUUUGGGUUCUACAAGCGAACGUUACCACACUACUGGAAGGAGGACUACGGCUUUGUCACGCGUGGCUUCUGUGAGAACAGUUUUGUGAUGGGUCUUUCGCCACAAGAAGUCUUCUUCCAUGCUAUGGCAGGCCGACAGGGUAUUAUUGAUACAGCUAUUAAGACAUCAGAGACGGGGUAUAUUCAAAGAAGACUUGUCAAGAGUAUGGAGGAUGUCCAAUGUAAGUACGACAGAACCGUUCGCCGAACGACGGGAGAUAUGGUGGAGUUUAUGUAUGGGUCUGACGGCGUUGAUGCGUUGAUGUGCGAGUCACAAAAGUUCCCUUAUUGUCUUGAUGUGAAUAAGAUGAAUGACGCGAGUAAGACUGUGGAGCAGGUAGACGAGCAGAAUAUGAAGAAGUUGUACCAGUGGGAUUUCAGUGACCCGAAUCUUAAGAACAUAGUCAGCGAAGAUGUUUACAUGGUACUCUUAAGUGACGAAUGCCUCGAGGCGACAAGGAAAGAGUAUGACAAUGUGUUAAAUGAGCGCGCUGAAUUGUAUGCGGCAUCGCGACAGAUGAUCGGAGUGAAGCCGGAGGAUGUCCAUGUGGUAGUCCACUUUGAUAGACAGAUCUCAAAUGUGAUUGCGACGUCGUUCAAUCCGUUUGAUAAAGGCGUUGAUUUAGAUCCGAAGUAUGUCAUUGAACAGGAAAACAAUUUGGUGAAGCGCUUGGCGGAAGUUGGCGUGUCGAAGACGCCGGAUGCCGAAGACAAAGAACGUGCGAUUGAUGCUUUGCGCCCAUUCUCGUAUCUGAUGCAUGCCAAAUUAAGCUCAAAACAGUGCAUUUUGGGGUAUCGGAUGUGUAAAGCUGCGUUUGACGACUUAAUGAAGCGGAUGGAGAACAUCUAUUUACACUCGCGAGUGAAUCCUGGAGAGAUGAUUGGGUCUAUUGCUGCGCAAAGUAUUGGAGCGCCGGCGACACAAAUGACGUUGAACACAUUCCAUCACGCUGGUACUUCUGAAGCGACGGUCACGGAAGGUGUCCCACGUCUGAAAGAACUUUUGAAUAUGUCGAAGAUGCCUAAAACGCCAUCGAUGACGGUGUGGUUGACUGUUGAUCCUGAUGAGAAGAAGAGUGUGUUAGAUAAAGAAUUGAACACGAAGAUACCAUUUACAUUGUUAAAGGAUCUUGUCGAGAAGGUAGAGAUUUGGUUUGAUCCGAAUUUGAGGGAGUCGGUGGUGGAAGAAGAUCGAGAGUUUCUUGCCGAGUAUGCGGAGAUUUCUGACAUCAAUCAAGAGAAGUACAGCAAGUGGACGAUUCGUAUGUUGUUGGGGUACAAUAAAAUAGUUGCGAUGGGGAUUGAUGUUGAUAACGACAACUUGAAGAAGAGAGUCUCCGACAAGUUUCCGAGCUGUUUGGUCAUUCAGUCGGACUCCAAUCACGUAGUCGACGGGAGUGUGAAGAUUGUAUUGUACAUCCGAUUCCCGGACUCGGACGUUGCGCGGUGCGAUUCGAUAGAGAACUUGACACGGGCACUUUCAUCGGAUAGAGAGCCUGUUGCGUUCCAUAAGAAGAUGAUUGACCAGAUCUUGAAUGAUGUGCAGAUCUCAGGUGUUGUUGGGAUAUCGAAGAUCAUUAUACGAGAUAAGCCGACGCCGUUCUUAGUGAUUGAUCCCGAGACGAAGUUGUUACAUGAGAAGAAACAGUGGGUGAUCUUUACUGAAGGGUCGAAUAUGGUGGGAUUGACGCAAUUUGAAGAAGUUGAUUUCACAAAGACGGUGACGAAUAAUGUGUAUGAAGUGUAUCAGUUCUUGGGGAUUGAAGCUGGUCGGAUUCAAUUAGCGUCGGAAUUCAUCAAGUGUUUGUCUGGGUCGUAUGUGAAUUAUAGACACUUGGGCCUCCUUGCGGAUGUCAUGACACACACGGGAAGAGUCGAGCCGGUCAAUCGAAUGGGGUUGUCCCGUUCACAUGCUGGUGUUAUUACACGAGCAUCGUUUGAACAGACGUUAGAGCAAUUCCGACGUGCUGCGGCGUUUGGGGAGUCUGAUAUGUUGAAUGGAGUGUCACAGAAUGUAUUAAUGGGACAACGGACUAUCGUAGGGACUGGUGCGUUCACUGUCUUAAUUGAUGUUGAGAAGUUACAACGCCUGAAUGUUGAUGCCGAAGUCUUAGAUGAUUCGGAAGAGAGUGAAGACGUGAAGGCGUGGGAUGGACUUAUGAUGUCUCCUAUUAAACAGAAAGCGUCUGUCCAAUUCUCACCAAGUCGUUCACAAUUGCCAAAUAAGACUCAAAUGGGUUAUCAAAGUCCAAUUUAUAACACUCAGAUGGGUCAAGGCUUUAAAACAUCCCCACGGCCUAUGGUAACACCAGCUAUGCCCGUCCAAACUAAUACUUCGUCGUUCAAUAAAUUCGCAUCCCCGUCACUCGGUGGCGCGUCUCCUUAUAUCAUUCAAAACGCUUCACCUAUUCUCUUUGGAGCAGCUCAAGCUUCCCCACUCUUUAGAAGCGGUCCGUCUCCAUAUCAAAUGUCAAGCCCUCAAAACUUCGCUUCACCUAACUUUGCGUCCCCUCAACUGUCAAGACCUACCCCUCCAUUCACACAAUUCAGUCCACCUAACGAUGACAAAAGUGAGUGUUUCGUGUCUAUUGUUGUACUGUUCGGUUGA